AAAAAAAACAUGUGGACCUUCAACAGAUCUACCGCGGAGGCGCCAACUAUGCCGUCAAGCUCUAAUACGCUUCCUGCUUCUUCCAUAUCAAUAAACACUACUUCAACAGUAACUCUUCAUAUGCCAGUUUACGCAAAAGCAAUUUUUGGUUCUUUCCCAUCGGUGCAGCAAGUUCGAGUUGAAAAUGGAGAGCGAUGCCUGAUUGAGGCGAUGGAUGAGUUGAACAAAAAUGAGAAAGGCUUAUAUCGGCCCGUUCGGCUUGAAAACGGAGAUCAAAUUUCGACGACAGAUGAUGUGCUCAAUGGAAAACUGGCACGUGUCAGCUAUACCCCAUUUGAGGAAUUUGAAUUAGUGUCAAACAGUAAGGGAAGCUGUAUGGAGUACGAAAACCAAGAGCAAUCCUCGAAGAUCAUGGAACAAAUGCGAAUCCUGAGACAGACUGAAGAGCUCUGCGACGUGGAGCUUCUCGUCGCAGGAUCAGUGAUCCGAGCUCAUCGCUACAUCCUCGCGGCGGCUAGCCCGUACUUCAAGGCCAUGUUCACAAAUGGAAUGGUUGAGAUGAAAAAGUUGACGAUCGAGUUGCAGGACAUUCCCGAAGAGUCGGUGAGGAUUAUUGUCGACUACAUUUACACUGACAAAAUCGCCAUCACCAUGAACAACGUGCACCAGCUGAUUUUCACGGCAACAGUUUUGCAGAUGGACGUCAUCGUAGUCGCCUGUCAACAGUUCCUGGCCACAAUGAUCACAUCACACAACUGCAUGUCUCUUUAUCACUUCUCCGAUAUCUACAAUUGCACCAAUCUGAUAUCUUCUAUCGAGGAUUUUGCAUCGAGCCAGUUCCGCUGCAUACGGAAGAGCCCCGAGUUCAACAGUAUCUCAUUCCAUCACCUGAAGUCUCUGCUCAACCGUUCUGAUCUCAACGUGUCGGAAGAGCAAGACGUUUUUGAGACAAUAGUUCAGUGGGUGAGCUCGAAUCCCCGAGAUCGCCAGCACCAUUUUGUGCAGCUAUUCAAGACCUUGCGACUACACUUGGUUGGGUGGAAUUUCCUAUGUGAAGCUGUGAACUCCAAUAGUUACGUAAAAAAUUCCCAAGAGUGCCGGGAGAUUAUUUCAGCAAUGGUUCUCGAUGCGAUGACACCGUCAAAACGGAAACAUCCAGAAAGCAAUCAUGAAAACACAUCAGAGUACUCAGCAUCAAUGGCAUGCCCAUCAUUGACCGCUUCCAGCUCCAGCUCAACCUCCACCUUCCGGAAGUCUGUGGCAGGCGCCAUAUUCUGUGCUGGAGGACGUGGCAAGGCGGGCGGACCCUUCAGCAGUGUGGAAGCCUAUGAUUGGAGGAGAAAUCAAUGGAUCGAAGUGCCGGAUAUGAUGUCGCAGAGAAGACACGUCGGAGUGGUCAGUGCGAACGGGAACCUGUACGCAAUCGGAGGUCACGAUGGGACCGCGCAUCUGGCGACUGCAGAAGCAUUCCAGCCUUCCAUCAGGCAAUGGAAAAGGAUUGCUUCUAUGAAAACUGCCAGGCGGGGGAUUGCAGUAGCAUCAAUUGAGAAUGUGAUCUACGCGGUUGGCGGGCUAGACGACACCACUUGCUAUAAAACUGUAGAACGCUACGAUAUCGAGGAAGACGAGUGGAGUACGGUAGCAGAUAUGGAUGUGCAGAGAGGUGGUGUCGGUGUCGCUGUGAUCGGAAGGUAUCUAUUUGCGAUCGGUGGAAAUGAUGGCACAUCCUCACUUGAGACAUGUGAACGGUUCGAUCCGAUGAUUGAUAAGUGGAAAAGGAUCGCAAGUAUGAAGAAUCGAAGAGCUGGAAGUGGGGUAUGUGUGCUUGAUGGGUACCUGUACGCGAUAGGGGGCUUCGAUGAUAAUGCUCCACUGGAGACCUGCGAGAGGUAUGAUCCGGAUGCUGAUAAAUGGAUAACGCUGGAUAAGAUGUCAAGCCCGAGAGGUGGAGUCGGUGUUGCUGCGUUGGGUGGAAAGGUUUACGCGAUUGGAGGGCAUGAUGGAUCAGACUAUCUCAACACCGUCGAGUGCUACGACCCAAUCGCAAACCGAUGGCAGCCGGCCGCAGAGAUCAAAGAAUGCCGUGCCGGAGCCGGUGUCGCCUGGGCAAAUGUCAGAAUGCACCAGCUGAGCCGAACCCCAGAGAAGUGCGAUUCGGGAUGUGCUCCAUCAGGCGGAUCCUACUGUAUUUGAGCCCUAAACUUUUUAUUUUUGAAUUUUUUUUUCGAAUUUCCCGCAGGGUUCCGUUCUGUUCCAGUUGAAAUACUUACAAGACAGGUUUUUUAAAACUAUUUUUUUUUCUGUAUAAAAGUGUGAAUAAAAC